AUGUUUCUGUUCUGGAUUAUCAGCUCUUUGAACCGCUGGAUUCGCUUGAAGAUUUACCAGUAUGAGGUGACUUUCGCGGUCUACAUGCUCACUCCCACGGAGAAGUUUAUUUUCAACUUUCUUCUCUUGACUCUGAUCACAAUGAUGGCCACCGGCGCCUACAUCUACCUCCCUGAUCACGUCAGAACGAUCUACGGCCACCUCUACUACUACUGGGACGGAGAACGCCCAUUCAUUUCCGGAAACUUUUCCUCGAUAACGUCUGUCUUCCGGGAGAGCGGCACGCAGGCCUUGGAGAUGGUGUAUGAAACGGCGAAGAACGCCGCCGCCACUGCG